GAAAAACGAAAAGGAAACAGAGAUUUUGAUUACUUAGAAAAUUCACUCAGCACCUUCUUCUAGGGUUUUAAACAGUACAGAGACAAGAAGAGCAUCAUCGGCAAAAGCUUGCAAAUUAUGCAGGUUGAUAGAAGAUAUCAAUGCAAAGAUGUGCUCCUCUUAGCUUAUCAGAGUUUUGGUGUACUCUUUGGUGACCUGACUAUUUCACCACUUUAUGUCUUUAAAAGUACAUUUUCUGGGAAGUUGAGUAAUUACCAGUCUGAAGAUGUCAUCUUUGGGGCGUUAUCCUUGAUUUUUUGGACUUUGACAUUUUUUUCCUUGUUCAAACAUGUCGUUAUUUUGUUAAAUGCAGAUGAUAAUGGUGAAGGAGGAAUUUUUGCUUUGUACUCGCUCCUUUGUAGGCACGCAAAGUUUUCUUUGCUUCCUAAUCAUCAAACAUCAGAUGAAGAGCUUUCUACAUAUCAUGAUCCCCGCUACUCGUGCAGAAAUCCACAGUCAUCAUCCCUCAAAAAGUUUGCCGAGAGGCAUAAAAAGGCAAAAACUGCUUUGCUUCUUCUAGUUUUGUUUGGUACUUGCCUGGUUAUGUGUGUUGGCUUCCUCACACCAGCAAUGUCCAUUCGUUCAUCCAUCGAAGGGCUCAAAGAUCGAUCAAACAAUCUGCAUUAUGGUGUGGUGCUUGUCAUAGCCUGUCUUUUGUUGGUUGGCCUCUUUGUUUUACAGCACCGUGGCACCUAUAGUGUGGCCUUCAUGUUUGCCCCUAUAGUGAUUUUAUGGUCAUUGUCCAUUGCGGCUAUUGGUCUUUACAAUAUCCUUAAGUGGAAUCCGAGGGUUUACAAGGCCCUUUCUCCCUUUUAUAUCUACACAUUCUUUAGGGACACUGGAUAUGAUGGUUGGAUUUCUCUUGGAGGAGUUCUUUUCUGUAUCACUGGAACUGAAGGUAUGUUUGCAGACCUUGGCCAAUACACAGCUGCAUCAAUAAGGUUAUCCUUUGUUUGCAUAAUUUAUCCGUGUCUAGUGCUUCAAUACAUGGGGCAGGCAGCUUUUAUCUCAAAGAAUUUUGCUGCAGUAUCCACGAGCUUCUAUGCUUCCAUUCCAGAUGGCUUGUUUUGGCCGGUUCUUGUGAUGGCAACUUUGGCUGCAAUCAUCGCUAGCCAAUCUAUAAUCUCUUUCACAUUCUCUAUCGUGAAACAAUGCUAUGCCAUAGGAUGUUUCCCUCGUGUCAAAGUUGUACAUAAAUCGAAAUGGAACCGUGGUCAGAUAUACAUUCCGGAGAUCAAUUGGGUCCUUCUGAUUCUCUGUCUGGCAGUCACAGUUGGUUUUAAAGACAUAAAUCAUUUGGGAAAUGCCUAUGGACUUGCCUGUAUGUCCGUAACAUUUGUGGCGACAUGGUUGACAGCAUUGUUAAUUAAUUUUGUGUGGUGUCAGAGUCUUUUGCUCGCUCUUCUAUUUGGCCUUGUCUUCGGGUCAGUCGAGAUCAUCUUCCUAGCAUCGUCUUUUGUAAAAAUCCCUAAAGGUGGAUGGAUUCCUCUCAUUCUCUCUGGGAUCUUCAUGCUAGUCAUGUACGUCUGGCAUUAUGGUUCAAGGAAGAAGUAUUUAUAUGAUUUGCACAACAAAGUUUCCAUGAAACAGAUCCUCACAGUGGGUCCUAGUCUCGGAGUUGUCCGUGUCCCUGGGAUAGGCCUUAUUUUCACUGCGUUGGUAAGUGGAGUUCCUGCCACAUUUACCCGUUUCUUAACCAAUCUGCCGACGUUUUAUCAAGUGGUUGUCUUUGUUUGUGAGAAGACUGUUCUUGUACCAUAUGUCCCUCAGCAAGAACGGUAUCUCAUAGGCCGCAUCGGUCCCAAAUCUUUCCGGAUGUACCGAUGUAUUGUUCGAAAUGGUUACAAAGAUGUGCAGAAGAAUGAAGAUGAUUUUGAGAAUGACCUUGUCAUGAGCGUCGCGGAAUUUAUCCAACUAGAAGCUGAAGGUUGCGGAACCCUAGAAGGAUCUGUCGACGGGCGAAUGGCUGUUGUACGGACAUCUGAAAAGUUCGGCAAACGGCUAGAAAUAUCCGAACUCGAGCGAAAUGGAGAAGCUAGCAGUUCAAUGCCCCCUACCAUUUUGAAUAGCAGCAAAUCACUCGUAUUGCAGCACCUGCAAUCCACAUACGAGAUGGAAUCGCCGGGGUAUACCCUAAGGCGGCGGGUACGGUUCAAUCUGCAACAAGAUAUGACAUACAAGGAUCUGAAUGUGAAGGAUGAGCUGUCGGAGCUAGUUGAAGCAAAGCAAUCUGGGGUUGCAUAUGUGUUGGGGCACUCUCAUAUAAAAACAAAACUGAAUGCGCCCUGGUUGAAGAGAUUCUUUAUCCACGUGGCCUACUCAUUCUUGCGUAAAAACUGCAGGGCUCCGGCUGUGGUUCUCAACGUUCCUCAGACAUAUUUGAUUGAAGUUGGGAUGAACUACUACCUGUAGGAACCACUUUCUUUUUCAAUAAUUUGUUUAUAUAUAUUUAUAUAUAUGUGUGUGUGUGUAUAUAUAAUUUUAAUAAGAGAUCCUAAGAAGGUUUUUAGCAUAGAAAUCAUUUUUAGUAGCUUCUUAUAACAAUUUACCUUACUAUUAUUAUUAUGAUUAUAGGAAAUUAUUAUCA